GAAGGGCGGGAGUGGAUAGGGUUUUUUUUUCUUUCUCCGCGUUUUUCUCGUUGAACUGGCUAGGGUUUCUCGCCGUCCGUUCUCUCUCUUCGAAGAUCAGAACGAAGAAGAAGAGGAAGAGAUGGAUACUUCCUUUAGAUACAGCUCCGAUUCCAAAUCUCUAAGGAUCCGCGCGAAGCAAAAGCUCUCCGUUGACCCCAAAACCCUAAUUCAGGCUCAUGGAGAAUUAGAUACCAGGACAGGGGCUCCAAGCUAUCUUGCUCUGAUCAUUCGCCGCUUCUAUCCGGACCUAUCAGCUAGCGUGGGGGUAGGGGUUCAGACCAGUAAGGCGCUUCAGACUGCUAAACGUGACAAGUUCGGUUACUAUAUUAGAGGAAAGAAGGCAAUUUCACUCACAUCUAAUGGUUUUGUGGGAAUCAACAUCAAAGGAAGGUGUGAUACAGAUAAAGAAUUUAAAGAGAGGAAGGCAAGAGGAGCACUUGAGUUUGUUUGGAGCAUACUUGACUUCCAAAAGGACCAAGAUGUGAGAAUUAAAGUUGGAUAUGAAAUAUCUCAGCAGGUGCCAUACUUCCAGCUUAGGGAAAACAAUUGGACCCUCAAUGCAGAUGCUAAUGGUAAAUGGAAUGUAAGGUUUGAUUUGUAAUCCUGCUCAUUUCUGUGUUUUCCAUGCCCACAGAAGAGACAAUAAUUUAUGGUCAUUCCUUGCGACGUUCAUUUUUUGGAACUUUAAUGUACGGUCAUGGCAUUUUAAUGUUAGUCCAAGUGUUCUUUAUUUA